AUGAGUUCGUACGCACAACAGUAUGGCCCUGGCCAGGUCUGGUACUAUGAGGAGCCACCUCGGUCAGCUCCACCACCAGCUCCUGUUGUGCCUGUGAGAUACUCCCAUCACUCGGGAGAUUUGUACAAUCAGCCGCCCGUGUACAACAACUAUGCUCCAGCCGAUCCAGUACAUCCCAUCCAGAGCUCGACGACGUCGUUUGGCACUCCCACGACACCAUUUGAUACUCCCGCACCCUCCUUCGACAACUCCACCACCAGUGCUCGUCAGACAACUUCACCCGUGAGCGGUUCCGACCGCCGGCGAUAUCGGAUCAAGCGGAUACGUACUGCUUGUGAAGAGUGUCGGAAACGCAAGCAGCGUUGCGAUGGCAGCGAAUAUUGUGGUCCUUGUGUGGAACAAGGCACCCACUGCCGCUACCGGGACAUACCGCCCGCAAAGAAGGACGCCAUGAUCCAGAAGAUGCUACAACUGGUCGAGCAGCAUAGCGAGUACCUCGAAAGCAUCACCGAAGACAUCGACGGCAUCAAUCGGUCGUUGAGAGACGUCGAGAAGAGACUGCCAAAACAGAAAUGA